GCCCCUUCCAGGUGGCUUCUGAAAGAGAAAACCAAGUGACACAUGUUUAAGAAGGGUUUAAAAGUUUGACGUGGUUGGAUUAGGCAUUAUUUAUCUAGCGAGAAGCAGAAGAUUGGUGCUUCUGCGGACUUCUGUGACCAUCUGAGCAGCAAAUCCAGCAAUGAAUAAUUCAACGGGCUGUCCGGCCAGUGCAACUGUGUGCAAUGGCAUGUCCUGUGUGGUAACGAAGAAAAACUUCAAUGACAUUCUCAGUGUGGUACUGAGUACUGUCUUGACCGUCCUCUUGGCUAUGGUGAUGUUCUCCAUGGGAUGUAAUGUGGAAAUCAAGAAAUUCCUAGGACACAUAAAGCGGCCGUGGGGCAUAUGUGUCGGCUUCCUCUGUCAGUUUGGAAUCAUGCCCCUCACAGGAUUCAUCCUAUCAGUGGCCUUCGACAUCCUCCCCCUCCAAGCCGUGGUGGUACUCAUCAUGGGAUGCUGUCCCGGAGGAACCACCUCCAAUAUCUUGGCCUAUUGGGUUGAUGGCGACAUGGACUUGAGCAUCAGCAUGACCACAUGCUCCACGCUGCUUGCCCUGGGAAUGAUGCCGCUGUGCCUCUAUAUCUAUACCAAAAUGUGGGUCAACUCUGGGACGAUCGUCAUUCCCUUUAAUAACAUAGGUACAUCUUUGGUCGCUCUUGUUGUUCCUGUUUCCAUUGGAAUGUUUGUUAAUCACAAAUGGCCCCAUAAAGCCAAGAUCAUACUUAAGAUCGGGUCCAUCACAGGCGCAAUCCUUAUUGUGCUCAUAGCUGUCGUUGGAGGAAUCCUAUACCAGAGUGCCUGGAUCAUCGCUCCCAAACUGUGGAUCAUAGGAACGCUAUUUCCUUUGGCCGGAUACUCUCUAGGGUUUUUACUGGCUAGAAUAUCUGGUCAACCCUGGCACAGGUGCCGGACAGUUGCUUUGGAAACAGGGAUGCAGAACACUCAGCUGUGCUCCACCAUCGUGCAGCUCUCCUUCACCCAGGAGGAACUCAACAUCGUGUUUACCUUCCCGCUCAUCUACAGCAUCUUCCAGCUUGCCUUCGCAGCAAUAUUCCUAGGAAUGUAUGUGGCAUACAAAAAAUGUCAUGGAAAAAAUAAUGUGGAAUUUUCAGAGAACAAAGACAAUGAAAUGGUCUCCGAGUCAUCGCUCCAUAAGGUGAAUGAAGGAUUUCAACCAGAUGGAAGGUAGACACCGACUGGACAAAAGAGAAGAAUUCUAAAAGUACAUGCUUCUGUUAACAAGAUUUAUUUGUUUUGAUGAGAUAUUUGGCAGGAAAAAGUUAAAGUGAAAAUUUAAACUCCAGUUGAAUCCAUACAUUGGUUUUGGUACCGAGUGACUGGUGGUCCAAAUCCUUAAUGUGACAAAUAUUUAUAUAUAUAUAUAUACAUAUAUAUAUACGGUCUUUGAAAUAUGCCCAAGAAAUAUCCUCGGACCUCCAACUAAAACUGACAUUGGUAACACUGAGAACGUCCUAACUCCUGAACAGAUUCUUAACUAGAAUCUUGUAACCUGACCUUUCGUAUCUUAAUAUAGAUGCAAUGAAUUGUUGUUAUUAUUAUAAAAUGAUCAAGAUUUUCUUCAGUAUUUAUGAUUGUAAAAAGAUUGAAAUGAACAUCUUCCACUGACAUAUUAAUUACUACUUUGAAAAUGUUGUAACCUAUUUAUUUAUAUAACUUUGUAAUGUAACAUGGACAAAUACCUGACUUCCUGUAUUUAAAAAAAAAAAAGUCAGUCUUCUCCAGGGAUAACCCAAAAACAAAAAUAAGAGAAAAGAAUUACUAAAUAGAAUUCAAUCACCAAAUUAGAAUCAGGCCCAUACUCAUCAGUGACCUUAUACAUGGGUUGCUUUGCCUCAGGAGUCCAAUGACACCACUAGUUUUUUUUAGGAAAAGCAGAAUUCUUUCCUAUGUCUUAAAUUUGGCAAAGAGCUCUUCAAGCCCUAGAAAGGGGCUUCUUCAAGGUUUGCUUGUAGGAGGCAGGUCUAUUCAGCUCACGGGAAGGCCCCACAGUAAGCAUCAUGGAGCGGGGAGGGGCCAGGAGGCUCAAAGACUGCAGAGGUCCUGCAAAAAUCACCCCUACUCUAGUGAGUGAGCUCAGUUACAUGGGAGAUGAUGGGAAAUGCAAGGAAAAACACCGAUAAUAAAGGCCCACUUGAAAUGCAUGAUAAGGGUGAGUUAGAUGUUACCAA